AAUGAUUUAAAAUGAAAUAGCAGAAUGUAUGAAAAAAAUGACAUCUUAUCUUGAUUUGAAUGGUUAUAAGAAAUUCAAGCUUUUUUAAGCAUAGCCUAAUUAUUUUGAUUUAAAUUAUGAGGAAAGAAAAGAUUUAUUAUAAGCUCCCUCUGUAGAUUAUUUAUGUAAAUCAAUUAUAAUGGAAAAUACAAAAUAUGAUGAUUCAUAUCCUGAUAAUGAAGUUAAUCCUAAAUACAUAUGUGUUGUGGUUCAAUAUAUUACAAAAUUGUAAGGAGAGAAGGUAUAUGAUUUAAGAACAUUAUUAGAUUAAUAAAUAUUUUAAAUAGUUAUAGAAUUAGAAAUAUCCUGAUAAAUAAAUUUCUAGAAAUAAAUUACAUUUUAGAUUAACAUCUGAUGAAGUAUAACAAUUGUUUAUUAAAUUAGAUGUCAUAAAAAUUAAGUGGAUAUUAAUUUAAUGCAAUAACACCUUUUAAUAUGGUAUAAAAUAUGCCUCUGUUGAUUUCUGAUAGAAUACUAAAUUUAGAAUAUAUAUGGUUUGGAGGGGGACACACAGAUGUUAAAUUAAGAAUGGAUGUUAAAGAAAUGUGCAAUUUAUAUCCAAAUAAAGUUUAUUAUUCAGAUAUCAUUAUGUCACAAUAAUGAUAGAUGAAAAUCUAAAUAUUUUAAUAUUUGAUAAUC